AUGAUUAUUGAUAAUGUGAAAAUUAUUAAUUGUACAAAUAAAGCAAUCUUAGCGACAAUUAUCGCAACAACAUUGCUUGUCUACUUUUUUUACCUUUUUAAUGGUUGUUUGUUGUCAGGUUUCAAUAAAGCUUUUCGAAGGUUUCCAGAUUAUAAUUUCCUCAACACUUCAACUCAAUCAACAAUAACCGACGAUACUCAAAUCAUCUUUGGGAGUAUUGUUAGAAUCGUAUCAUUGACUGAUGAUGAUAAUAGAAAUGAAAGUUCUUUCAAAUAUCGACUUGUGAAUCCACAAAAUCUUUCAGCACGCAGAUUACCUGAUGUUCUUUUGAUUGGAGUUAAAAAAUCUGGCACAAGAGCUUUACUUGAAUUUGUCAGAGUUCAUCCUGAUGUUCGAGCUGCCGGUUGUGAAGUUCAUUUUUUUGAACGACAUUACACAUUCGGAUUGAAUUGGUAUCGAAAGAAAAUGCCACCAACUGUGACAGGUCAGUUAACUAUGGAAAAAACUCCAUCAUAUUUCGUAACGUCUUCAGUGCCAUCGAGAGUGUACAAAAUGAAUCCAAAGAUUAAAUUACUUCUUGUCGUUCGCAAUCCAGUUACAAGAGCAAUAAGUGACUACACGCAAUCAUUUAGCAAGAACAAAGAUAUGAAGAAAUUUGAAGAAUUAUCUUUUGUCAAUGGCUCUUACGAACUUGUCGAUACAAGCUAUGGGGCAAUUAAAAUUGGUGUAUACGCAAAAUAUCUAGAGCGGUGGCUGAAAUGGUUUCCGCUCAAACAAUUAUUAAUCGUGAGCGGUGAAAGGCUCAUAUCUGAUCCCGCUGCAGAGCUUUAUCGUGUACAAGACUUUCUCAAUUUAAAACGAGUGAUAACUGAAAAGCAUUUUUACUUCAAUUCAACGAAAGGCUUUCCCUGCCUCUUAAAAUCUGAAUCGAGAUCAACUCCACAUUGUCUGGGGAAAACUAAAGGCCGAAGUCAUCCAAAGAUUGAUCGAAAGGCCAUUGAGAGGCUCAGUGAAGAUAAGUGGACUGGAAGAUGGUUUCCAACUAAUCCCAAUGAAAUUCAAACUGUUGACAGUACAACAGAUAGUUGGAAAGGAAAAUGGUUUCCAGAAAUUCCAUCAUCACACAAUAGUAACGAUGGAAGCUACGAAAGAGAUAGAAUAAUGGGAAUCCCUAAUAGCGAAUGCGACGAUGGCGAGACAAAUCUUAGUACUGACUUUGAUCCAAAUAAUUAUGAACAUUCCGUAAUGUUCACGUGCCUUGAGAGGAGCUACAAGCCAAACUACGAUUUUGAGCCAAUUGAAACAAUAUACAAUGUGCCAAAGUUUUAUACGCCAGUUCACAAAUGCAUGAACGAGACUAUAUCCUACGAACAAAGAAUUCCAACUCUCGGAUAUCAUCGACCACUAUGGGCAGCGUAUGGCGAAUACAUUUACCUGCCACCUCAACGAUGGCUACACAAUCUUGAACAUGGCGCAAUCGUUGCGCUUUAUCAUCCUUGUGCUAAUAAAAAUCUCAUCGAUCAACUAAAGAAAAUAGUUAAACGUUGUCUCUUCCGUCACAUUAUUACACCUUCACGUGAACUUUCACCGCAAAGACCGUUUGCACUCGUAGGCUGGGGAACGUCCUUGGAAUUCAGUGUGAUCAACAGACCGACGCUCGUUGAAUUCAUUCGAAAAUACGCAAAAGCCGGACCAGAAAAAGUGUCGCGUGACGGUCAGUACAAAAAACUUCUGACGGAAUCUUCUAAAAUUAUAACAGAUGUAGAUGACUCGGACGUGUGUCCGUAAACUAACCAAUGUUGUGAUGUAAUAGGGGAAUAAACUAAUGAAAAAGAUGCUCUUGUAAAAGGGAAAAUAUAAAUUUAAAGAA